CCUGGUUACCAUUGAGCGCGAAAUGGUGAUGGGAUGUCGCCUCGCUGCUUUCUGUAGGCACGUAGAGUAGAGUAGAGGGACAGUGUUUCGCGGGGGGUGACGGUUCCGUUACUUUGUUGUUAUGUUGUAAGUGGAUAGGGAAGACAGUGAUCUGCACAAGAUCCUGGAGCUAAGGGCAAGAGAAAGGAGAGACAGACAGACAGACACACAAGAGUUUGACUUGGGGGAUUGCUUCGUAGUUAACUGCCAAAAUGCCAAAAGCGUUUUUGCCUAAAAGGCGCUGGGCUAUGUCCAGGAAAGAAGGAAGAAACAGGAGGAGGCCUGAUGACCUAGAGCAUGAAGCUGAGCAGCUUGUGCCAACAAAACACUUAGCCCUCAGCGACGGGCUCCGGUUGGAAGUCCAGACACAGGCCGAACACGAUCUCAGACUUCGUCUGCACCUCCCAGAUGACAGCACAGACCACCAGACGGUGAGAACAACGCUCGUGCCGGGGAGAGAAGAGAUUCCAUGUCAGGAGGAAUUGUGGGACCUCAAAGUUUCCGAGUCCCUUGUGCAGGGCACGGACUUGAAUAACAACUGUAACGGAAACGGUAACAACCACAGCAUUAGUUGCAACAAAGACAAUAACAGCGCUUGCUGUCAGAGCGACAGCGAAAACAGCGGCAACAUUGCCGCAAGAAGUGACAGUAACACAAAGUUCAAUGUCAAUGACAUUAGCCCGAGCCACAGUUAUACAGAUGUCAUGAACAGAGACCAUUCUCGUUUGUCCAGUGAUGCCUUCCUCUCGAUGUUCUCAACCCUUCAUAACAACGUCCAUCCCUCUGUCGUGUCCGCCAGUGUGUGCGAUAAGAGAUCUGCCAAGUGCUACAGCAGUGUAAGUAGUGCAGACUCAUGCAAGAGCUGUGAUGAUGAUGAUGUUUACACUCAAAAAGAAAUGGCUCAACAAUUCUUCAAUUCUUUUUGUUCCAAAAAUUAUCGCCCUACGUUUCUGAUCCCACCUGUUGGCCCACUCCAGUUCGAAUUGCGACAAAAUUCUGGCAUUUUGAGCCCCGAAACUCAUCAUUGUGAACAAAAUCAUGAAGCCAGAAGGCUAUACUCUAACAGUACCAGUCCUGAAAUUGGCUACCCUGUGGAGAAAGACUGCACGAAAAGACACGACUCUCACUUUACUGGUGGGAGCGAGCUCAACGCUCAAGGGUUUGAAACCAGGGAUUCACUAAAUGCAGUGACGAGAUGUAGAACAGAGAACUCUUCGGUUGUCUCCGAUAGGCUUCAGUGUGUGGAGGAGCGGACAGAAACGACAUGUAUUUCGAGAAGAUGUGAAAGUGUACAAGACAUUAGAGAAAAUCCUGUGAACGACGGAGAGAGGUUGGGGGAAUCCGACGUUUUGAAUCCUUCACAGGUUCGUCGAGAGGCUACUAAUGAUCAUGUGACGGAACGCGACGAGGUUCCAGGAAUUUCGCCACGUCUCGUUCAAGAUCCUCCAUCCGAUCACCCUACUCGCGUCAUGAAUACCAAGCAGCAUUUUGAUGCUGAAACGAUUAAGAGUCACACGACAGCAAGGCUACAUUACCCGUUAUCCAUGUCUACCUGUCUCGCAGUGAGCGAAAAAGAAGAGAAAUCUCUGGACUUGAGUCAAUCAAAAAACAAGAUCUCUGUAGAAACUGACGUACCCGAGUCGAAGCCGUCAUUGCGACAUCAUGUGACCCCUCUUGGUGUUACCUCUUUGCCUGCAGCUGCCGUAGACCAAGAGAAAAACGUCAGGUUUAAUCAUGAACGAAAGAAAGGUUCUAAGUCCCCUUUCUCACCCACUGUAUUUAGUGGAUCUCGGUUUGUUACUCAAGACAGUCGUACGUUAGAGACACAUGGGUUGACAGACGUAGGGACAGCUCACAGGCCUAACACACUGCCGCUGUAUGUUCGCUGCACUGACAUUACCGAAUCACGACGAGGUGAUCACGGCUGUCCUGACGUAUGCCCACUUGACUGGCGUGUUGAAGGUCAGUCGAGCUCUGGCACUCAUCCAACAACGCCAGUCAAAGUUGGGCACCAACACAAGACAGAAUCUCCCUCGUGUCGACAUUUACAGAUUGUAAACGAGACGACCCCAGUACGUCAGGACGUAGCAUGGCUUAUGUCGGAAUCAAGACAUCGCACACUUAGUUGGGAUCAAAGGAAAAGCUGGGAGGUGUUCUCAAAUCAAAACGCCUCUCAGGUAUUUCCGUUUGUGGACUUGCUUCCAAAAUGCGUAGUAAGAAAUUCAACAGAGAAUAAGGUUCAGCCGUUUGACUUUAUUAUUCAUAAUCAAACCAAAAUAAAUGAGAACCACGAUGAUUCACCCAGCAACCUAUCGGAGACGGAACUUUCUACAUCGUUUUGCUCUCAUCCCACAACUGAGCUUUCAAAUGGUUCUGAGUCAGACGCGAGCUCCAAAAUGUAUAAUAGACUCCCCAAGCGACGAUUUGACACUGAUGAGUUUGAUGUUGUCGAUAACGGACCCACUAAAUUGCCCAAGUUUGAAAGCACGGACAGGCGAGGAAGACAGACAAAAGCAACAUUCGAUUUGAAAUGUUCUGAAAACAGACACCCAAAGAGCCAUGCACGCAGACGACUUAUGGCUGUGGACUUUCCCGAAGACAAAGAGGAAGAUGAGGCCAAAGAGCAAACAGAACAAAGUGGCGAAGAAACGGCCUGUCAGUCUCAACAAGCUGGCUUGAGAGAGUCGCCAAGAGAUCCUGUAACUACAGCUGCAAUGUUUUCCUUCGACUACAGAACUAAAGAAAAACAAAAUGAGCGCCCUAGAAGCAGAGGCAAAGACAGCACUUCUAAAUCACAUGACCGGAACCAGAGCGUGGAGAGAAACAUGUAUCCUUUGUCAUCACCAGACAGGGAUUCGAGCGUUUUUUAUCCAAGGUCUUCGGGAGAUAAUAUGUCAAGUUCUCUAGUUUCAGGAAACACCAACCUGCCAACAGCAUCCAGCAAAUCCACCUGUUUUUCUUAUGAUCAGUUACACCAGGGACACGAAGUUAGUUCUUAUCGUAGAAAUGGUGUCAGAGAUGAAGUUCAUUUUAGUACAAAAUCCAGUAUUCAUCCAUCAAAUCUGUCUUCGUUAAGACAUUCUCCCCAAGCCAUGACUCCAACAGCGUUAGUUGUUUCGUCACCAGCAUUACUGCUAUCGUCACCUAGAUCAGUGCUUACGUCACCAGCUUCCGUGCUUUCAUCUCCUGUAUCUGUGCUUACGUCACCAGCGCCAGUCCUUGCGUCAACAUCUGCUGUUCUCAGAUCUCCGUGUUUCGAGUCAGUGCCAUAUGCAUCGCCUCCUCUUGCAUCUCCAGGGCGAACAAUACCAGUAUUCACGUCUUCACCGAACGUGCCAUCUUCAGAUCCAGUACUGCCAACGAUGAUCUCACAGUCACCCUCAGGGAACAGGAUUCGAUUUCAAACUUUGGCGCACACAGUCAUGCCAUACAACACCCCUUCUACUGCCAGCUACUCGCCUUUCGUGCAAACACCUCACGUGACUCAUUGGUCACCUUUGGCCAAUAUGUCUCCGCUGCCCAAGAUAUCCCCCUUACCCCUGACAACCAGCAAUACGCCAACCCCGUCCCUUGAUGGCCACCACUCACUUGAGUCUGCUGUCAGUGAACUCCACACUAACAUCCUGCGUGGACAUGUUCCGAUGGGGCGCGCUCACGAACGUCCAAACUAUUCUGAGCUAGUCGCAGCGCCCGCUCCGCAAACUUCUGGCCUGUCAAAAAUGUCUCUGACGGUUCCCGAGCUGAUCAAUGGAGGUUACGGUGUGAAAAAUCCCCAAUUCGUGAAGUCUAAGAUGACAGAAAAUUGGCCUCCCAAACAGCCAGAACCCUCGAACAAAGCAGAGGAGCCCUCAAAUGGCAAACUGAAAUGUGACUUUUGUGACAAAGAGUUCGAACUUUCUCGUCAUCUGAGCCGACACCUGAAGUGCCACAGCGAGUUCAAGCGCUAUCUGUGUCGUGUGUGUGGUAAAGGAUUCAACGACACCUUUGAUCUAAAGCGUCACACAAGAACGCAUACUGGCGUCCGACCGUUCAAGUGUCAGCAUUGCAACAAAGCCUUCACACAGAGAUGCUCUUUAGAGUCCCACGCCAAGAAGGUUCAUGGCCAGACCAUUCUGUACGCGCCAAAAGAAAGGAGACGGAAGCUGUACGUUUGCGAGGAAUGCGGCAACACCACAGAAGACCCCACGAAACACUACAUGCACAUCAAGAUAAACCACCCACACAGCACCAUCCUGCACAAGUUCUAUGACAAGAGACAGUUCAAAUUCACCGAUGACACUAUUCCCAAAAUUCUCUGCCUGUCUUCCGAUCUGCAGCUCUCCCCUCUUGCUGAAAGGGGUGUGGAGACGCGUGAGAGAAGGAUGUCCUGAGACUGAGAGUUUACUGAAAGGGAAGAGGUGCUUUGAUGGAGGGAGAGGAAUGAGAAAAGGAGGGAGAGAGAGAGAG